AUGCCUCCCAAAGGAAAGCAACAGGAGCCUAAGAAGGCUAAGCCUUCCGUCGAGGACAAAACUUUUGGAAUGAAGAAUAAGAAAGGCGGCGCUGCGCAGAAACACAUCAAGCAGAUUGCCGCUUCUGUCAAGGACGGACAGUCCCCCGCAGACAAGAAGAAAGCCGCCGAGAAGGCGCAGCGCGAGAAGGAAAAGGCUGCGGCGGAGCAGGCGAAGAGAGAGGCUGCAGAUCUGUUCAAGCCGGUGCAGAUCCAGAAGGUACCUUUCGGUGUGGAUCCCAAGACCAUCGUGUGUCAGUUCUUCAAGAAGGGCCACUGCGACAAGGGCAAGAAAUGCAAAUUCUCGCACGAUCUCGACGCCGGUCGCAAACAGGAGAAGAAGUCGCUGUACACAGAUACGCGAGAUGGUGAAGAGGAAGAGGAGGGCGAGGAGGCCACGAAGAAGAAGGACAACAUGGAAGACUGGGACGAAGAAAAACUUCGAAGUGUGGUUAUGAGCAAGCACGGGAAUCCCAAAACGACGACAGACAAGGUUUGCAAGUUUUUCAUCGAAGCUGUGGAAAAUCAGAAAUACGGAUGGUUCUGGACAUGUCCGAAUGGAGGGAACGAAUGUAAAUACAAGCAUUCGCUUCCUCAUGGGUUUGUGUUGAAGACGAAGGAGCAGAGAGCGGCAGAGAAGGCGGCGAUGGACAAAUCGCCGCUGAACACGUUGACUCUUGAGGACUUCCUGGAAUCGGAACGGCAUAAGCUUACGGGCACGCUGACGCCAGUGACGCCGGAGAGCUUCGCCCAAUGGAAGAAGGGGCGUCUGGAUAAGAAGGCUGCCGAAGCUGAGGCACAGAAGAUGAAGGAGGCUACCGGUCGUGCACUAUUUGAGAAGGGCGAUUGGGAGGCGAGCGACGACGAUGAUGACGACGACGACGGUGGUUUCAACCUGGAAGCGCUACGGAGGGAGACCGAGGCGGCGCGCCAGAAGAAGGAAGAAGAGCGGUUGGCCGCGGAGACGGGUGAAGUCAGCAUCUCUUGA